ACUGAUGUUAAUUUAUGUCUGUAAGUUGGAGAUAAUCGACCAGUAAAAACUUUUGUGGGCCAUCAGGUUUAACAAAAAAAAUAUCUAUAAAAUUGUUGUUGAAAGAUAUUAUGAAUUAUGAAUUAAUUAUAUGUGAAUGUUACUUACAACCAGGGUGAAGUGAAUGUUACUUACAACCAAGGUAAAGGUGGCAAAGACUUUUGACUUCAGCUUGAUGGGUGCAUCUUCUAGAUCUUGUAAAUAUGUUCUCAACACACUGAUGCAGACGUUUCAAAACAAACAACUUGCUCAUGCUGUGAACGUGAGAACACUGGACAAUCUCAUCACAGAGCUUUUGCUUUGGCUUUUAGAUGAAAGGGUUCCAAGGAUGGAUGAUGGCAGUCAACUUCUGAAUGCCUUAAAUGUUUUAACGCUUAUGAUAUUGGAUAAUGCAGAGAGGACAUCAUCAUUUAUGGUGAUAAUAAGUCUCCUAAAACCAUUAGACCCUUCUAGAUGGCCAACUCCACCAUCCAAUGAAUCUUUUUCUACAAGAACUUCAAAGUUCUCUGAGUUGGUUGUCAAAUGCUUGAUCAAACUUACAAAGGUUCUUCAAAAUACGACAUAUGAGGUGGACCUUGAUCGCAUCCUCCAAAGCAUUCAUGUGUAUCUCCAAGACCUCGGGAUGGAAGAAAUCAGAGGAGCGGGAGCGAAUGACAAGCCUUUGCGGAUGGUGAAAACGGUUCUUCAUGAGCUUGUAAAGCUUCGUGGGACAGCAAUAAAAGGUCAUCUUUCCAUGGUCCCAAUUGACAUGGAACUCCAACCCAUAAUCCUUGCCUACAUCGAUCAUAAUCUUCAGACAUUGGUUGCUGCCAGAAUGUUGACCCCUACUGGCCCUGUUGGUCAAACUCAUUGGGGUGAUUCCAUGGCCAAUUAUCUAAUGCCUGCCACGCAUUCUGCAGAUGCCCAAUUGAAGCAAGAACUUUCUGCGAUAUUCAAGAAAAUUGGAGACAAGCAAACAUGCAGUAUCGUUCUAUAUGAACUAUACCGUAUAACACAAUUAUACCCACAUGUUUGA